GCCAUUUGUCACCGCUAUCAUCAAGUACCGAACGCCGAUGAUAUUGCGGCACAUCAAAAAUCGACCGUCGCAAGGAACUUGCUUGUCUAUUGGUUUGGACUUUCGCCUUUUACACUUCCAAAACACCAAACUGAUAUGUUCAACUGAGGGAAGGCCAAAAUGGAACAGUAGGUACGAAUUCUUUCCUGUCAGCCGCGCAGAUAGACGCCUCUCUCGCCUCGACCUACCUCAUCGCCAAGUGUCACAUCAUCUGAGAUAAGGAUUAGACUUCCAGGGACCCAUCAAUCCUCCUCGCCAAACCAUCUUGCACGGUGUUUUAUUACUCUGCGCUGGUUCAUAAUAAUCAUAAAAGCGAGAUUUGAUAUCACCUUGGGGGACUACCCUGUUGACCUUAACUGUCUAUAACAAGGUUCAAGUGUCUUUGAGUUUCCACGUCGACAAUACAGCGAAGAAGGAAAAGAAACAUUGUUGUUUUACUAACCAUCUAUAUUUGUGCGCGGAGUCAUAAUCACUCACUCAUACCAUUAUACUACGACUCCUACGACUUUGCUACGGCUUUUUAGGAAUACGAAUAUUGGUUCAUAUUGCAGAUCGAAAUAAAUUCGUGUUAGGAAAUCGAAUAGGAGAGAAUAUAUUACAUACAACUGUGGGAAAUCUAUGCCACAACAAACAGAAGGAAAACAUAGAAGCACACCACCGCAUACGAUUCUGAAUCACGAAAUUUCCUACAAACAAUAGAAAGACCGAGAAGCUAAACUUCGAUACCUCUCAAAAUGCCUCCUUCACCACAAACUCCUAGGCAUAGUCGACACCCUUCCGCACUGGAUUUCUCACCCUCAACAAUGAGCCAUUCACGCAGACUUUCCAAAUCUUCUAUACAUACACCAACUACACCAAAUCAUAUGAGUCGAGAGUUUAGUAGUAGUGUUGAUGGGGUUGGCAUGGAUGUACUUGGAUCAGCGCAAAAUGGAGGAAAUGGACUUGGGAAUCUAGCAGACGAAUUAGCAGAUGCAUGGAGUGAGGACGAAGGAGAAAUGGACGAAGCAGAUCUUAAUUUUCAAAACACCGCACCAGCCGAUUCGGAUAAUGAGGAUGCGGAAGGAGACAAAAAUGCAGUGAGGGAUAGUGGUGUAGACGUUACUAGUCCGAAAAAACAACAUACAGUUAUGAAUUCAAAUUCCACUUUGACACCUCCGACAGCCGGACAUGGAAGAGUUCACGCCUUGGGCCAUGCUAGGUCGCCGUCCGAAUAUGAUGGGAGUGACUAUGGAGGAGAUUCGGAUUUGGAGAGUCCGGCCUUUGGGCCGGCUUUAUUGGCGAGAAUGGAUAUGGUGGAGGGGUUGGCAAGGAGGGGUACGGAAAAUAAUGGGAGUCAAGCUGAUGGAGUUGUUAAGAGGGUUAUUGAGAGUUUGAAAGAUUUGGGAGGUCAGUCUGGGGUCGAGGGAAAUACUACUAGACUGGUAACAACCCAUACAGCCCUUUCAACGCACCUCCUCCAUCAAACCCGUCUCAUCCAGAACCUUUCCCAUCCCCUCUUCUCUCCUCUGUCCGCGCCGCCUACUCCGGAAUUCAUAGACACACUCCUCCCUCUUCUCGAUACACUUAGCGAUUCUAUCCCUCGCCCUUCAACCCAAUCACUUUCGUCAAUUACCUCAUUACAUUCUCUAACCACUGAUUUGAUUCAAACGAUAACAUACCUGUCGGAUACAUUACACAUGUCUAGACAAACUACAGUACAAGCAUCAAGGAAAUUGAAAUCAGCAAAAGAAUUGGUUGGCGAAAUGAGAAGGGAAGAGGAGCUCAGAGAAGAAGGAGAGAAGUGGGUAGAACAAGGGGAUUGGGAGAGGAGGCUGGGAGAAAGAGAAUGCGCUGGGGUUUGUAGAGGGGUCGUUGGGGGAUUUGAGCAGGUUUGUGAGGAUUGGAGACGGAGAUUAGUAGAGAGUGCUGGUGGUGAGGUGGGUGCUUGAGAUGGAUGCUAGUAUGAAAGAGUUCAUGAUGAAAGGCACACAGAUGCUGAGGAGAAAGUACACCCGCGCCGAAUGGAUAACAAAAUUCAAGGCAAGAGCACACAAAGUGCGAGAUGUGGAUAAACAUAGAGACGAGAAGUUAUUCUAAACACCAGACCGAAUAGAGAAACGGGUUCAGGUCGGGCGCUUGGAUGGAUAUCCGGAUAGAUAGUCGGUUGACUGGUUGGCUGGCUGGCUCACCACUUGGAUGGAUGGAUUCACGGAUGGAUAAUAUAGAAGGCGCGAAGAUAAAUAGACAGAUGAGCCUUUCUUCUCGUCAAAUAAAAAUAUAAAUACAGAUUAAAACUUAUGACUUUUUUGUACACAUGGAUUGACAGAGGGGGAAAGGUAGCUACUUUUAGUGAAGUAAAGUGAUUCGUCUGGAUGAGGGGAGAAAAGGGGGUUUACAGGUGAAUUUAGCAUCUCCGAAGUCGGGCAAAGGGUUUGAGGCGAAUGGUAUGAAAGGUUUCGAGCGGAGAGCUGGGAUAGUUACCGCCGAUCAGACACUUCUGAAGAUAUUGCAGACGCCUGUGGUGGGUACGGCGAUUCUUUAAACUCGUUCAGAGGCGGCAGAGAUGGGGGAUAGGGGAUCAGAGAAGACUUGAGAGAAUACAUGUCAUUGAUACAACCGAAAAGUCGAAAUGGGAAGUGUUAGCGAGUGCUAGCGAAGCGAACUGAGGGAGUGGCAGCAAGCAUGGUACUUGAGAAUUACGAUGGGAGUUUCGUGAGUGAUGAUGAAUCAUGUUUUUCAUGACCGUGUCAUCACUCCGCGGUUUUUGGUUGGACUUGUAAAUGAGUCUACAGUCUGAUUUUUUGAUUCUAGAGUUCGAGGUUUGGAAUUGGAGGGAUGUGUAAUGCGUAAGGUACCUCGUUCUAUAUGUUCUUCACGGCGUUGAUUAUUCAUGUGUAGGAGACUUUAAGGAGGUUAAUUUUGAGUGAGGAAGAUUUUGUGAAGCUAAAGUUUGGUAGCUGGAAUGAAGAAUAGGGAAUGGGGAGUUGAAGGGUUGGAUUAAAGGGAGUGGGGUGAAGUAGCGCAAAAUGAAUGAUUUAAUCA